UAGCAUUUGAGGUUAGGUCAGCUCAGAGGCAGAUUCCCAUGCGAGUGGAAAACACGGACUUCCUGGGCAUUUCCUGGCUCACAGUGUUGAUCUAGUGAUAAAAUAAUGGGCCAAGUGGGGUCUAUGAUCUCUCGCCGUGCGAAUCGGUUCAAUGCGGAGAAUCGUGCUCACAGAAUCAUCGCGAGAGACAAACCGACACCGGCACCCAAAUACGAGUCCAACUUAAAGGACUUACAAAAGGCGCUGGAAAUCACGCCGGAUUUGGUGGAGAAGCUGAGCAAGAAGGACGUCGGUCUGGACGAUAGAUUGAAGCAAGUUUAUGUAACAUCAGAGACAACAAUUGUGAAGCACAACCCGGAGACUCAGAACAUCGAUAGACCUCUGCCCAUGGACACGAAGCGUCUCCCAGACUUUGAGUUCGGCCACAAAGAUCCCGAAUAUGUGACUCCAGGAAAGGUGACCAUGCAGCAGAUUUCGCAAUUUCUGGCUGAUCACGAAAGGAAUCGGGAUCUGUGGACGGUGGAGAAGAUAGCAGAGCACUAUAAACUACCUCUAGAAAAAGCUAGAGCAAUCGUCAAACAUUUUCGUGCGUUUCAAGUUUAUGUGCCAGAUAUCAAGAGCAGUAAAAAAAUCCUGGAAGCAGGCCCACAGAAAGUACUACCAGAAUCUAAAUCCAGUUCAGAUGAGUCAAACAAGUCGUAAUAUUAGAGAAAUUGCGGUAAAAUAGAGCACUUUAGAAGGAAUUUGUGAUUUCUUGGUUUUCGCUCCGACACACGA